AUGGACGUGGUAUUCCGUAACCUGGCUGGUGGUCGGGGCGAGAUUGGCUCUUGGAGGAAGCUGCAGUCCGAUGAUAUGCUCAUGCUCUUCGCCAUGGUGACGGAUACGAUCCUGAUGGCCUGCAUCAACCUCGUCGCUACCACCAGCAGCAACCUGAUCAACCCUAACGAUACCACCCCGCUUACGCCCCAGAACAUCAGGGAGCGGGUUCGCGGCUCGAAGUUUGUCCUGGUCGUCGAAGAGAUGCAGAUCCUCACCACCUGGACCGUGAAGCUCUGUCUUCUCAUCCUGUACCACCGUCUGACCAUGAGCUUGAGACAAAACUUGGCUGUCAAGAUUGUCGCCGGCUACGUCAUCGGAGGCUUCAUACUUAUGGAGGUCCUGUACCUCGGUGUCUGGUGUCGGCCAUUUCACGAGUACUGGGCCGUUCCUACCGAUAGCACAACACAUCAUCUCAUUACCAACGCCGUCCUCAAUAUCUCCUCCGACAUCAUGAUCAUCUUGAUCCCAAUGCCCGUCUUCCUCAAGGCCGGCAUCUCUACCAAAAAGAAGAUCAUUCUUUGCAGCGUCUUCACCAUUGGCUUUUUUACUAUAAUUUCUGCCAUUCUCAACAAAUACUAUUCCUUCCACGACCCCUUUGGGUCCGCCUGGGUGUUCUGGUACAUCCGCGAGUCAUCGACCGCUCUUAUCACGGCCAAUCUCUCACAAACCUGGACGCUCGCACGGAGGGUCCUGAAUUUGACCUCCUUCUCGGAGAACUCGUCCAUUUCGCGCUAUGGACCAAGUACGGGCUUCCGAUCGAGAACCUUGCCCAGUCAUGUCCAAAUCUCUGCCGUCAGAGGCGAAGACUCUAUGCUGGACCGCUCAAAUAGCCAAGAGCGAAUCAACCAGGACUACCCCGUGCCGCUCAAGAUCUACCAACGUCGGGAAGUCGUGAUAGAGUACCCGAAGGAGGACGGCGAAUCUUCUUUUGGCCACUGA